ACUGUUAGCUCUUUAUCAUUUCAAAACGCGACCUGUUAGCGUAACCGGCCCGUGACACGCAGUUGUUGUCGUGUUUCAGAGCACUGGUAUGACUUACUCUGGAAUUGUAAAGCAUUGUUAAUUUUUGCCAUGUAGCUGCACACUAAAACAGCCAUUGAGAUUAUUCAUGAAGUGACAUCGAUAUUAGACGCUUUGAGUUUUACCGGAAUUUCCUCCCCGCAACUUUCUAUUAACAUUCACGAUGAAAACGUUGUCGGACGAAAAUCUAAAGGACAACAUGGAACUGAGUGACGAGGAGGAGGGGGACGCUCUAGAGAGAAAAGACACCCCCAGACCAGAAACACCCAGAGAUGAAGAGGAAGCCGAGCAAGACAAAAAGAAAAAGAAGAAGAAAAAGAAGGGGAAAUGUGGAAAAUUUUGUCGAAAAUUCAUCAAGUUUAUGUUCUCCCACGUCGGACUAGGCGUUUUAGUAAUCGCGUACAGCAUUGGCGGUGGGUUUAUCUUCGAACACCUGGAGGUACCGAACGAGGAGGACGAAUGCAAGAAGGCGGCGACCGACUAUUAUAAAGCAGAAAACAACACUUUGAGCCUUAUUUGGGACAUUGCGUCUCAAGCAGGCGAUGCUCAAGACCAGGAUAUCAAGGACAAGUUCAAGAAAAAGUUACAGGAGUUUGGGGUGGCUGCCGUGUCUUACAACUACGUGCCACAAACCAACUGCAGUCUUAUCGGCCAGCCGGGAGGACCAAAACUUAUCUGGAACUGGGCAAACGCCUUUCUCUUUGCCUUGACUGUCGUCACAACUAUAGGUUAUGGGCAUAUUGCCCCUCGUACUAUGUGGGGGAAAUUGGUGUGUAUCGCCUACGCCGUGUUAGGGAUCCCGCUCACUCUUCUCUUCUUGACAAACAUCGGUGACGUCAUGGCAGAUAUAUUCCGCUAUAUCUACGCCAAAGUCUGCUGCUGCGGUUGUAUUAGAAAGAAGAAUAAAGAUAAGGUACAAGAAAUUCGAACCCCGUCACCAACCAAGGGUUGGAAACUCGACGAAACCGGUAAACCUCUUCCUCCGUCCAGAGAGCCGACCAUCAUAGAUAAUGAUGAUGACGAUGAUGACGAAGAGGAAGAAAAGAUUACCGUGCCCCUUACUGUUACCAUGUUAGUGAUCAUAGGGUGGCUUCUAGGAGGAUCUGUCUUGUAUACCGUGUGGUAUAAAGAUUGGAAGUGGUACUCUUCCUUCUACUUUUGUUUCAUCACCAUGUCCACCAUCGGUUUCGGUGACUAUUAUCCCUCUGUGGAUAACGGCCUUGGAACCGUGGAGGACAUCAUGAUCAUGGUGUCAGCCUGGACCUACACCAUCGUUGGCAUGGCGUUUCUGGCCAUGGGAUUUAACUUGAUGCAGGACGAGAUCGUCGACAAGUUUAAGUGGAUUGGAGAGAAACUUGGUUUUUACAAAAAGGAGGAAGAGGAAGGGGAGGAGGCAGAGGAGUACCCCACACUGCCGAGUCCAAACUUCUGGAGGAGGAAGGAUGACAAGAAGCAAAAGAAGGGAAGCGCCGCCGCUAGAUACUGCAAGUUAGUGGUUAAAUACACUUUCUCCCACGUCGGGCUGAUCAUCAUGGUGAUUCUGUACAGCGUGGCUGGCGGAUUUCUCUUUCAAAGCCUCGAGGAACCAAACGAACUGGACGAAUGCAAAGUCUCAGAGGCCUCGUACCAAGUCAUCGAGAAUGCCACUUUGAACAAAAUGUGGGAAAUCACCAAUACAAUAACCAAUGACAAUAAAGACCAAAUCGUAGAACUUUUCACAGAGCUAAUGAGGAACUACAGCGUAGAUACCAUAGACAAUGGCCACGAACCGACUAAAGUGUGUAAUAUGUUGGGGAAGGAAGACCCUGUGUCGGGGCAGGUGGAUUACCAGUACAACUGGAACUGGCCCAACGCUUUCCUCUUUGCUCUGACAAUUGUAUCAACCAUUGGUUACGGUCACAUAUCCCCAAACACGAUGUGGGGCCAGCUAGCCACCAUAGCGUAUGCUCUGCUAGGCAUUCCCCUCAUGUUGAUCUGCCUUGCCAACAUCGGGGACGUCAUGGCCGACAUCUUCAGGUGGAUCUACUCUAACGUCUGCUGCUGUGGAUGCUGUAAAAAGAAACAAGAAAAGGAACCCGAAGAUGAGAAAUUGGCUAAGAAUGGAGCGUGGCGGACGGACGCCUCGGGGAAGCCAAUACCCCCGGGCUCGGCCGAUAAUGAAGAGAGUGAUGACGAAGAUGAAGAAGAUGAAGAUGAGAAGAUCACCGUCCCCCUGACCAUUACAAUGAUAGUGAUUGCAGUCUGGAUUGUGUUCGGAGCCGCACUUUUUGAUGCAUGGGAGAAAGACUGGUCAUUUCUGGAAGCCAGCUAUUUCUGCUUCAUCACCCUGACGACCAUUGGGUUCGGGGACUAUGUGCCCGGAGUGGAAAACCUGGGGACGUCUGAAGGCCAGAUUCAGAUGAUAAUCGCCUGGCUGUACAUCGUGUUCGGGAUGGCUCUCGUCGCCAUGUGUUUCACUUUGAUGCAGGAUGAAAUUGUGGCGAAAUUUGCGUGGAUUGCAGAGAAGAUUGGCCUGGCCGGCGAGGAUGAAGAUGCCGACGGAAAAAAAGAGAACUGAGAGAAUAUUGAGUAAGACGGGACAAUGCUGGCAGCAUAUUUUUGCUUGACUAUUGUAUUAUAAAUAUAUCAUAAUCUCGUACGCCAAACUGGAAGGCGGGAUGGUUCCAGUUUUGUACAUUAGAAACACGCGUCAGGGACAUUUCUUUCGGACAGACUUAACCGAAUGUUUUGACGUGUGUUUUAAUUUAGAAACAUUAUUCUAAAACAAAAACACCAUUACCGACGCAAAGGUGUGAAAUUUGCCUGGCCAAAUGAAUUAAUUCAUAGCC